GACCAGUUCCUCAAGGCAGCUCCAGUAUCAGGAGGCGUUGGGGAGUUCCUGAUGAGAAAGAUGGGCUGGAGGGCAGGAGAGGGCCUCGGGAGGAACCGUGAGGGGACAGUGGAACCAAUCAUCAUCGACUUCAAGGUCGACCGAAAAGGUCUGGUUGCUGAAGGAGAAAAGCCCCAGAAACAAACGGGAGGACUAGUCGUAACCAAGGACCUAAUGGGGAAGCACCCGGUUUCUGCUCUCAUUGAAUUAUGCAACAAGAAACGGAUCAUGCAGCCAGACUUUGUUAUGGUUCAUCACAGCGGGCCAGACCACCGCAAGAAUUUCCUCUUUAAGGUUACAGUGAAUGGCGUGGACUACCAGCCUCAGACCGCUAGUCCCAAUAAGAAGCACGCCAAGGCCAUGGCGGCCACAGUCGCCCUGCAGGCACUCGGAGAGGUUCCUGUUGAUGGACCAGGACUCUACACCGGCCCGGUCUUCACUGCUGCUUCCACUGGUCCUCUGUUUUCCACAUGAACACACAAUAUCUGGACUAAAUUACAUUUUUCUUUCAAAAUGUCUGUUAAACAACAACAACAACAAAUCCCUGAGUCGGUUGGUUUUUAUCAACAUGUUAAACUUGUAAAGAACCAUUUGAUUAAAGCUGGAUGGUGUGUGCAUGUACUGUAUGUAUGUAAGUUAUGUACAUAUGUAUAUUGUGUGUAUUGUGUAGUAUCGGUUUUAUCUGGUUUAGUUUAAAUGUUUUCUCUUUGAUGUGUUUUUUUUCUCAGCUUCAACCAGCUGGGAGCUAAACGAAGACAUGGAGCAGAAAAUGUCAGAGCUCUGCUUGCUUUCCUUUUGUUUGUCUGCAGAUUUUAGUCCUAGCUCAUCUAAAUGUCUCCCAUGUCUACUUAUAGCCUUCUAAAAUAUGCAAACUCAAAUAAAGACUAUAUUUAUGUAACGUA